AAACAGAAAAUUAAUUUUAAAUAUGCCAUCGAAUAAAAAAAUUAAAUAAAUAAAGAAAGUUCAUGCUUGAACAGCGGCAGAGACCCCUCUCGCUCAAAAGCCCCAAAACCGCACACACACACACACGCGUGGGUGUGUGAAGAAAACGCACUCGAGAGGAAGGGGAAAAGGGGGCAGUGGUGGGCGGCAGGGGGAGCUAAUGGACCCUGCAGUUUUGGACAGGAUAAUUGAUAAGCUGAUUGAAGUCCGAUCCUCGAAGCCGGGCAAAUUGGUGCAGCUCACGGAGUCGGAGAUUAAGCAGCUCUGUGUUGCGUCUCGUGAAAUCUUCAUUAAUCAGCCGAAUCUUCUCGAACUCGAAGCACCCAUCAAGAUUUGCGGUGACAUUCAUGGGCAAUAUAGUGAUCUUUUAAGGCUUUUUGAGUAUGGGGGUUUCCCUCCGAAAUCCAAUUACCUAUUUUUGGGUGACUACGUAGAUCGUGGGAAACAGAGUUUAGAGACGAUAUGCUUAUUGCUUGCAUACAAAAUCAAGUACCCCGAGAAUUUUUUCCUUCUUAGAGGAAACCAUGAAUGCGCUUCUAUAAAUAGGAUAUAUGGAUUUUACGAUGAAUGCAAGCGCCGAUUCAAUGUGAAAUUGUGGAAAGCCUUCACAGAUUGCUUUAAUUGGCUUCCUGUUGCUGCACUAGUCGAUGACAAGAUACUAUGCAUGCACGGGGGCCUUUCUCCAGAACUGAAUAACCUGGAUCAGAUUAGGAAUUUGCCCCGACCGACUGCUAUACCGGACACUGGUUUGCUUUGUGACUUGUUAUGGUCAGACCCUGGUAAAGAUGUUAAAGGAUGGGGAAUGAAUGAUAGGGGAGUUUCAUUUACAUUUGGCCCCGAUAAAGUCUCGGAGUUCCUGGCAAAACAUGAUUUGGACCUCGUCUGUCGUGCUCAUCAGGUUGUGGAGGACGGUUAUGAGUUUUUUGCAGAUAGGCAACUUGUAACGGUUUUCUCAGCGCCAAAUUACUGUGGUGAAUUUGAUAAUGCUGGUGCAAUGAUGAGUGUUGAUGAAAACUUGAUGUGCUCUUUUCAAAUUCUAAAGCCAGCCGAGAGGAAAAACAAGUUCAUGAUGUCCACUAAAAUGUGAUGCUUCGCUGCAUCAUAAUUUUCGAGGUAUUAGUCUUUGGUAAGUAGAAGUCGCAGCUGCACCUGGCUCGAUCUUCCCCCAAGAGCGUUAAAUAAGAACCUUUCUUAAGCUUUUUUGUAUUCUUUUUAGUACGCUUAAUAACGAGUUCUUAUUAGCGCGGCUUUGGGGGUGGAUAAAGCUAUAAAUUGUGCCCCCACUUUACCCCCUGCAGAAAGGGUGUUUCUGUGUAGAUAAAGAUUGUUUGAAACUCAUGUUAGCAAAUCAUGGGCACCAUAAUGGGCCAAUUUACUUGGAAAAUAUUGGCAUAUUUGUCUAGAUUUGAACUCUACUCGUAGAGCCUCCAUGAAUUGAACUGUGUGUUUUACUA